AUGCAUUCACGCGAUUGGUUCCUUGUCUUCGUUGGCUUCUUCCUCCCUCCUGUCCCCGUUCUUGUCAAAAGGGGCCUUAGUUCUGCCGACUUCUGGAUCAACAUUUUGCUUUGUAUCUUGGGCUACUUCCCUGGCUUGAUCCAUUCAUACUGGAUUAUCCUGCAGUAUCCAUACAGAGAAACCUAUGCUGCUUUGGGAGGCGAUGGCCACAACAACAGAACCGAUUACGGUGCUACCGUCGGUUGA